AAGAAAAGAUGGCAAGUAUGCCAAAAGGAAGUCUGGUGACUUUUACGGUUGGAAUAUCACUGGGUAUCAGCAUUACAUACUUCUUGGCCGUGAGUAACCAGCUGGUGACGCCCAAACCUCGCGGAGCAGGGUUCGGUGCUGCUCAGUUCGUGCCGGACAACCCUCAUGUUCACGGGCACUUGGAUGGGGCUGAGGGCCCGGACACCGUCAUGCGCUGGGAAGAUUCAAACGCAGUAGCGCACGAAGAAGAGUCCUCAGCAGAAGCUGUCAGAUUGUCUCAUGAGGUGCGGGUUCUUUGCUGGGUUCUUACUCAGCCAAAGAACCACAAAACCAAGGCGGUGCAUGUCCAGGCCACGUGGGGCAAGCGGUGCAAUCUGCUGGUCUUCAUGAGUUCGGUGGACGAUCCUGAUCUUCCUGCCGUCAGCUUACAGGUGUCCGAGGGAAGAAAUAAUCUCUGGGGCAAGACCAAAGCAGCGUACAAGUACGUCUACGAGAAUUACAAGGACAAAGCCGAUUGGUUUCUGAAAGCAGACGAUGAUACGUAUGUUAUCGUGGAAAAUCUGAGGCUGCUCCUAAGCAAGUGGGAUCCCAAGAAACCGGUGUACUUUGGGAAGCGGUUUAAACCGUAUGUGAAGCAAGGAUACAUGAGCGGCGGUGCUGGAUAUGUCCUGAGCAAAACCGCUGUGGAAAAGUUUCUGACUUUGAACGAAGGUUCGACAUGUCGCCAGGACACUGGUGGCUCGGAGGAUGUGGAAAUCGGACGAUGUCUUGAGAAGGCGGGUGUUGUUGCAGAGGACAGCCGGGAUGAGCUUGGGCGUGAGAGGUUCCACCCAUUCAUUCCUGAACAUCACCUGAUCCAUGGUCUCAUUCCAACAAACUGGUAUUGGACCUACAGUUACUACCCUCCGAAAGAUGGCCCGGAAUGCUGCAGUGAUCAUUCCAUCACGUUUCACUACGUCCCGCCAAACAUGAUGUACGUUCUUGAAUACUUUGUCUAUCAUUUAAAACCUUACGGCCACAGUGUGGGAAAAUACUGCAGUGCAUCUCCAGAAAACAAGGUUGACAAACUCUCUCCAGUCCAACAGAUCACCCAAGAAACCAAUGCUAACCAAACAUCACAGAAGAGUGGUAAUGAAGGGAGACUAAGAUAUUUUAAGAAUUUUGUGCCACCGAUGGGUUUACCAAGUCCACUUCACUUGACAUUGAUGGUGUAUGAUCCAUUUGUGAAUAGAAAUCACGUGUAAAUGUACAGGAUUUUUGGUGUUUGCAAACAACGACCGUGUAAGACCUAAAAAUUAAGAUGGCCACUUUUCUGAGGAGAUAAAAAAGUGGUUGCUCACAGUAUAUUCUCAACUGACCUCCAUAAUCUACGUGUGUGUGUGAAUUCUACGAAGGAUUUUUGCCCAGUCUUUUCCUGUCGUGUUUACAUGCAGUUUAUUUGGAUGCAUUGCGAGAGUAUUGUUGUGUCAUUUUCGUUGUUUAUGUAAAACUGUUGAUAAAGACAUUGUCCCCCACUGAUAAACCUGACUACCAUCGUAUUGAAGUGAAAAAUUCUACAGUAUUCUAUGACUGUCACAAUAAACAUUUACAUUACAUGUCAAAGGUUUAGAUUUUUGUAGACAAAACAGUGCUCAGUGUUUGGGAAAUUCUUUUUGUAUGUUUGCAGAAUAAUACCUGAAUACACAUUACACGUGAACCUCACAAUAUUUUCUUACAAAAUUGAAAAUUAAAGUAAAAAACAUGUAUCUUUUCUACACAUACAUGUAUAUGUAACUGGCCUCUACGGUUGUCACAAUGGUCCAUAAAUUCCACAUUAGAAUGACAGCAUUUGAACGCAUUUAAUUCAGAGAAAAAACAUUCUGAGAAAAUAAAUAAAUUGUUUUAUACAUUCUUGUCACUGGUCCUUGUGCUGGCGCGUACAUUGUUACGACAAUGGAGUGACGUCACAGUGCAGAGUGACGUCACAGUGCAGAGUGAUGUCACAGUGCAGAGUAACAUCACAGCGCAGAGUGAUGUCUUCGCUUUACAGCAUCUUUUAACUUGGCAGUUUUCACAUUUUUUUUUACCAGCAGAAUGCUAUUAAUCUUUUAAGAUUUAAUACCCAAACCCAUCCAAUACUAUAAUUCAGAAGUUUAAUCUAAUCCUUUUGAUUAACUUUCUGUAUUUUAUAUACUACCCCAUGUUAAAAAUUGUCAUUUUUGAGCCAUUGAUCUUCAUGGUUUUGCUGAAAUGUUUGUUUUUCAAAGCAGAGCAACAUUUACAAGAGAGCUACAGACUAGAAUGUCCUUUAAACUAAAAAGGAAUACUCGCACACAGAUGUUUAUCUUUUUGCGUAAUUUUAUUUUGUAAAAUGCCUGGGUUUUGCAUUUGUAUACGUGCUUUACUUCACAUCCCACCAAACAAAUCACUAUAUUUCACCUGAAGUUUAGCAUUUCUCAAGUGACACAUUUUGCUUGAUCCUGAUUGAUUCAUCCACCUUAUUUGGCCACUUAAAAAAUGGUGUUUUUUUGUGAAGUUAAAUUUCUUAUCAGAAAAACCGAAGUGUUGGCAUCAAAGGUGUCAUUUUUGAUUCCUUUGUGGGCUGUGUUUGUACAUUUUACUGUCCAGAUUUUAGGUGAAAUGCAGAACAAAGAUGUAUGCAAAUUUGAGCCAAAUAAUCAGGUGCAUGAACAGAUGAGUUCUGCUAAGCUGUUAAGCUGAGUUUUCUUCAGUUUAUUGGGUUGACUGUAUUUUAUUUAUGAUGGCAGGUUAUCUUUAGUUCAGGGUAUAAAAUGUCACCGAAAACUUAAAUCCACUGUGAUUCAAAUAAAAUAACUACAACGGUGUGUAUCCUUAAAUUACCUUUAAUUUUAUUACCUUCAGAAUGAAAUUUGUGAUUUUAUUGCAUGUCUAGAGUAGCCUUUUGUUGAUUGAAAUGUCAUUCUUUGUUUUUGCCUGUUGUAAAAUUACAGAAAAUCUCUCAUUAAUUAAGUAAUCAUUAAAUUGUUUUGUAUGUGACAAAAUUGUCUCGAUUUGGAUAACCUUUAACCUUUUGUUAGGAAAUAUUUCUUUAACCUUUUUAUCAGAAGUAUUCCUUUAACCUUUUGUUCAGAAAUAUUCAUUUAACCUUUUGUCAUAAGUAUUCCUUUAAUCUUUUGUUCAGAAAUAUUCCUUUAACCUUUUGUUCAGAAGUAUUCCUUUUACCUUUUGUUCAGAAAUAUUCUUUUUACCUUUUGUUCAGAAGUACUUUUGAGAGGAGAUCUGUAUCUGGGCAUGUGUAGUCUCAUGAAAGCUUCUUUAUUCAUGGAAGUUCUGUGUGGUCUCGCUCAUGCACAUACGGAAAGUUGGGCAAAUCCAGUAUGUUCUCAAUAUAUAAAAACAGUAAGCUUUAUUUGUUUUCUGUAAAGUCUUUUGAGUCUUUUUUUGGCAAUAAGCGUAAGUCUCAGUAGUUUAUUUUAUACAUCUAGAUUAGAGGAAGAAUUUUAGCAUUUGCAAAGUGCAACCUCAAGUAUAUGCAUGGGAAAACCUGUGCAACUUCCAGGAAUGCAGGAAGACCUCGAAGUCAUAUAUCUGAAAGUCUGGUAACAGAUCCCACUGUGUUCAUUUAUAUACUUGUGUGUUCAGUUGAUGUCGAAAGCAAACAAGUCCUUUCUUAUGUACUUUAUAUUUAUCUUAUUUAUAGGUGCUUGCAUUAAGACAUUUAAAUUGUUUUGAAGCAGUAAUUUUAACUUUUUUAAUUGUAAACAAAAAUCAGUCUACUUUCAAUAUAUUUAUUACAGUAUCAAGCAAAUCAGGAUCUAGUCUUUGUUCGUAUUUGUGGCCUUUGUCCUUUUUUCGCCCCAAAAGCUGAGUUUUUAAAUUAUGUAUACUCUUUACAGAAGGUGAAUUAACACUGUAUUAUUUUAUGUGCAAUUUAUGGCAGAAGUAAAUGUAUAGGGAAAGAAUGGCAUCAACAUUCUUGGAAAACGUAAGAUAUUAUAAAAUCAUCAAUGUCACAUCAGGAUUUAAUUCCUAGUCCUGCACCUGACAGUGUUUCUUCAUUCCUUUUUUUUUGUUUGUUCCUUUUUUGCCAUUGAUUAUAUGCUGCUAGUGUAUAGCUUGAUAGUCAGAUAUUGAAUAUUGCGAGUGCUGCACAAAUAUUGCCUUUCUUCAUAUAACUGAUGUUUUUUUUUUUUGUUUUCCAGGAUUUUUUAGUUCUUGUAUAAUAAUUGUGGUGAUAGUUUAGCCCAAUGAAUUAGACCUAGUAUGUUAAUGAUACCUUGUAUCGAAUUGUUAGGUCUAAUUCGUUAGGCUAGUGAAAGUUCUGUACUGUGCUACAAAUAAAAUACCACCGCAGAAGUUGAAAUACAGAAAGCAGGGUACCAAGGAAGUAUUAAAAUGAGUUAAUCAAGUCAUUGAAAGUUAGCCAAUAUUAUUAACUUUUAUUUCUUUUUAAAUUCAGUUUUGCACGUGUGUCUAUACUUCAUGUAGAGAAUGUUCACAUUGCUUGUACUACCUACACGUGUAAGAAUGGAGCUAAAAGCCUUUCUGUUUCCUUGCUGUCAAGCGCUGGUCACAGUCGGUCGUUUAUAUACAGCAAUUUUAGGUUAAGCAUUGUUCAUUAAAACAGAUGUUAAGAUUUUCCUUUUCAUGUUAAAAAUGUGUUCACAAUUUGUUUUCUUUCGUGUAAAGCUUGUCUUGUGAUAUAAAGUCAUACAAACCUUGUGGUUUCAUCGUCUACAUCCCAUAUCUUUGUGCUCUGUGUGGAUACCAGUGUCUUGUAUAUUCGUGUCACGUUACAUGACGCCGUGUCUGUGUGUCUGAUAAUCAAAAUGCCAGUUUAGAUUACAUUGUGUCAAUAAAACAAGAAAAAUAAUCUG